UUGUUCUGAGACAGACGACACAUCACCGCGCACGGAGGAACACGCACAGAGCUCCAGUCCGAUGAGGAUGCUCAGCUCCAGGCCUCUACGUUUCAUCUAACGUCGGCGUGCUGGUGGGUUUCCUGCAGAGCAUCGCAGAAGACGCUGUCAUCAGUCAUGGCAGAAACGGAGUUGCAAACCUUUACCUCGAUCAUGGACGCGCUGGUUCGCAUCAGUUCCAACAUGAAGAGCAUGGAGCGGGAGCUGCACUGCCCGGUGUGCGACGAGAUGGUGAAGCAGCCCAUCCUCCUGCCGUGUCAGCACAGUGUGUGUCUGCUCUGUGCGGCUGAGGUGUUGGUGCAAAAGGGAUAUCCUCCACCUGAGCUCCCUCCAGAACCCCACUCACCGGCCUCCACGCCCAACACUCGCUCCCCGCGUCAGGGACGCCGACCCACGCCGAGGACCCCCGACCGCCUGGAGCGGGUCCUCAGAACAGGUAGCACACCUUCUUCUCCUUCUCUACAUCUCAACCCGUCUCUUUUUCCUCUCGGCGACACCUGUGUCCUUCUCCCAGUGUGCGGGACUUACCCAGGGCGAAGGCGGAAAGACGCCCCUCCCCCCAUGUUGUUCCCAUGUCCUUCCUGUCAGCAGGACGUGGAGCUCGGAGAAAAAGGCCUGACAGAAUGCCUCCGCAACCUCACUCUGGAGCGUAUCGUGGAGAGGUAUAGGCAAACGAUAAGUAUGGGCAGUGUGGCCAUCCUGUGUGGUUUCUGUAAACCCCCUCAGUCUUUGGAGGCCACUAAAGGCUGCGCCGGCUGUAAGGCCAACUUCUGCAAUGAGUGUUUCAAACUGUACCACCCCUGGGGAACUCCCCGGGCUCAGCACGAACACAUCCUACCCACCAACAACUUCAGGCCAAAGGUCCUAAUGUGCACGGAGCACGAGCAGGAGAAACUUCUGUGGUACUGCCGCAACUGCCUGAGGCUGCUGUGUCCGCUCUGCAAGCUCCGCCGAGUCCACCAUGGACACAAAGUGUUGCCUAUAGCACAGGCCUACCAGGCCCUCAAGGACAAGGUCAACAAGGAAGUCGACUUCAUCCUGGCCAAUCAGGAGACAAUACAGAGUCAGAUCACUCAGCUGGAAGCAGCCAUCAAGCAGACGGAGGCUAACAGCACAGUAGCCCUGCAGCACCUGAUCCUCAGUAUCCGGGAUCUGGGAGCAGCCGUAGCCGAGCGUCAGGGAGCUUUGGCUCUGGCUGUGGAGGGAUCUCGCAGCAGGAGGGAGGAGGCCCUGUCUGCUCAGGUCUCAGAGAGGCGUGGACUGAUGGAACACGCGGGCCUGAUGGCCUACACACAGGAGCUGCUCAAGGAGACAGACGCACCCUGCUUUGUACAGGCUGCCAGAGUCACUCACAACAGGCUGGUGAAGGCCAUCGAAAACCUGCAGUGUUUCACCUUCGCUGCAGAUUCCUCCUUCAGACAUUUUCACCCGGACGCGACCAAAGAGAUCAAACUCAUCAACAGCUUGGAAUUCAUCCGUGCUCCAGUGGCUCCAGUCAUCGACACUCAGAAGACAUUGGCUUACGACCAGCUGUUCCUGUGCUGGCGCCUCCCUCAGGACUCGGCCCCGGCUUGGCACUUCUCUGUCGAAUACCAGCGACGGGCGGGAGGAGCCGCGGCCACGUGGGGCGGCACCAGAUCCCCCAACGCUGAGACGUCAUGGCAGCGCCUGGAUGAAGUGAGAGGGACCAGUGCCGUGAUCGAGCGGCUGCAGAUCGACAGCGUGUACGUGCUCAGGGUGAGAGGAUGCAACAAGGCCGGGUUCGGAGAGUACAGUGAGGAGGUGUACCUCCACACCCCCCCCGCACCUGUGCUGAGUUUCUCCUUGGACUCUCGCUGGGGUUUGCACUCUGACAGGCUGGCGCUGGGUAGAGGCCAGACGUACGCCCGCAGCGUGCCGGGCCUCUCCCUCCUGCAGGCCGCUGACCGCACGCUCACUUCCUGUCACCUGACCUCGGACCUGCUGGUGGCCGACCUGGCCGUCACUCAGGGCAGACACUACUGGGCGUGCUCUGUGGAGCCUGGGUCCUACCUGGUAAAGGUGGGAGUAGGCCAGGAGACGAAGCUACAGGAGUGGUUCCACCUCCCUCAGGACAUGGCCAGCCCUCGCGGUGACCCAGACAGCGGCCAUGACAGUGGGGCAGAAGACGGCCAGGACUCCCCUCCCUUCUGCUUCCUCACCAUAGGCAUGGGCAAGAUCCUGCUCCCACAAGGGCACGGUCACAUACAGAGCCAGGCGGACAGCCAGAGCCACGGAGGAGUGCACUCCCACGGCAGCAGCCACAGCAACAUGCAUCACCCUCACACGGCUCCUCUGCCGCCCCGACUGGGAGUGUUACUGGACUGCGAUAAGGGACGGGUCACCUUCUACGACGCCCACUCGCUGCGGAUGCUGUGGGAGACACACGUGGAUUGCUCAGCUUCGGUGUGUCCGGCCUUCUGCUUCAUCGGCGGGGGGGCCC